AUGGCCAACGAAGAGGAAGAACCGCCGUGCGCGGUUGUGCGCGAUUCGGAAGACGGUGAGCUGAUGGAGAUUCCUUGCAAUGCCGACGGAACUCUCACCCUGGCGACACUCACCCACACAUUCCCCGGCGCAACUGGAUUGAAGUUCAAAAAUCCAAAGACUGGCGCAUCGCGAGCCGUCCAACUAGACCCUUCCGGCCUGCAUUUUCUGGCGCCGGCGGGCGGCUGGGAAGAAAAACAGUUGAUGGUCAUCUACCCUCCGAAAGUCAGCCCGAGUGAUGGUGCGUCGGUUGGGAAAGCGGAGGCGAAACGUCGCAAAGUCUACCAUUCUGAAUCGGAUGAUGCGUCUGAGGGGUGUGAAUCGUCGUCUGGCCAGAAAGUCUCUGUCAGCAAGCGUGAACGGCUGUCCAAGCCGACCGACCUUCUGAUUCUGGGCCUUCCCAAUGAUGUGAAGGACGAAACUGUUCGCCAAUACCUUGAAACGUUUGGCCCGCUGAAAUUGUUGAACUUGAAGAAGAACGCGGACGGCACCGGCAAGGGAUUCGGGUUCUGCAUCUUCGACCAAGUCGAUGACCAAGAAAAGGUGCUCUAUCAAACGCACAACAUUGCCGGCCGCGUUUGCGAGAUCAAGCUGCCCGAUCGUCCGUAUUCAGCAGAAACUGGCGGAUCGUCCGGCCGAAAGCAGCAGCCCUCGUCGAACAAGAUCUUCAUCGGAAGGAUUACGGACAAAAUCACGUCGGAACGACUGCGCGACUACUUCACCGAGGAGAUCAAGAAGUUCGGGUCGGACGUGACGGUUGACGAUGUGUACAUUCCCAAGCCGUUCCGCGGAUUCGGUUUUGUGACGGUUUCAAAGGCUGAGGUGGCCAGACAGCUUUGCAAGCUGGAAUCGGUGGUGAUUGACGGUGUCUCGGUGGCCAUCUCGGUCGCGUUGAGGAAACAGGAUGAAAUCCCGCAGUCGGCCCCCGCCUACAACCGAUAUGCCCAAUUCGCCGGCUACGCUCAGCACCCCAUGCAAAUGCAGACUGACAUGUACGCUCCGGUCGUCGGCGAGUAUGCAUACAACAGGCAUAAGCGCCCGCUGAGAGACGAGCGCGAUCACUACGCCUAUGCUUCAGCGGCAGCAUAUGGCGGCUACCCGGCGGCAGCAUACAACUGGGACCCCAGAGAGGCAACGAACUCUCACAACAUUGCUUCCGGCGUCGAUGCGCUCAACCUGAAUCGAUCGUACCCGACGAGACGCCAU